UCUACGAUUGAUAAAACGAAAGUUAUUUUCCUGGUUCACGUGAUUAGGCACCUGAAAACCUGCCGUCUUGGCCUAAUCACAUUAUGAUUGAACUUAAACAUUCAUUCAAUUUACUGGUAUCAAUUAACGCAUAUUUAGCUAAAAGAAGAGAAGAAUUGGGACGAUCUGAUACUGGUACCUUGAAGCCUCGAGUUCUGACACAAGAAAAGGACGGGAUAGUAAUCUACACCUGGAAUGACCUGGUUGUUUCUCAGUCCAAGCCUGACAGUAGUAAUCCUGUAACUCACAUUGGACUUUAUGAUCCCACCUCACAGCAACAUAAGGUUGUGUGGACGUACGAUACCAAAGUGAAGAUUGUGUCAUGUUCUAUUAAUCAGAACAAAACAUUGCUAGCUUUUACAACUGUAACUAUACAAAAAACAGAUGAUGGAAAAUCAGGAAAAGACUUGUUCCAGGCCUACCUGGUUGAGCUCCAGGCCUCAGACUCGCGAGUGUUCUCACUCAAUUUGGAGAAGUCAUGUUUCCUCAAGGUCCAGUUUUUGUACCCGGGCCAUGGCGAGCAGAUGUUGUUAAAAGAAGCCUUUCUGCUCGUCUUUCUCCACAAAGAAUCUGUUGCAUUGUAUAGCAUUCAGUUAUCACGGUUUGGAGACAAGGGAAUAUACAUGCGAGACCAGCCAAAGACAGAACAGAUCAUUCAGAAGUUUGUGUGGUGUCAGUGGGACCCACAGAACCAGCAGUUGCAUUACAUCUACAAUUGUCGCCAUGACAACGGCACAGUGUAUCAGAAGUUCAGCAGCAUACAGUUCUAUCAAAAUGCGAAAAAUGACAGCAUGAUGGACCUUCCAUUGAACUUUCCAUUUCCUCACAUCAGAUCUAAAUUCAAGUCCCGCUAUGCUGACAGACCUUUGUGUCCUGGCAUCCCAGAUGUCGCUGUCAAUGCUACUGUCUUGACUCAGCCAAAUGGGACUAUUUGCAUCUGUUAUAAACAUCACAAGUCACAGAGCAACCCUGCUGAAUAUAGAAGUGACAGUCAGACACAUCAUGAUGAAGAGUCUAUAAACUAUUACAUAUGUAUGGUUCAUCAUGCAAAAACCAUUCAAGGUUGUGUGUCUGGCUUGUCACAGAGUAUCCUGGGAUCUAGAAGAUUGUCAUUUCAUUGGUUGGGAGACUAUUUGAUGGUUCUUCUUCCUGGAUUCUUCGUUCACCUGUUGAAUGUCAGUAUUGAGUAUGAACCGUGUCAUCACAUCAUGUUGCAUAAUGAGAACAAGCCAUUGAAAAGUAAAGUAACUCUGUCUCCAGCAGCCCAGAGUUGUGGCCCAUUGCCAGUCAGCUUCACGUCUGAUGUGGAGGAAAAGGAUCACAAACCAGCAACAGUCAGGUUCCAAGAAUCUGAAGAACAUACACUGUGUACAUCACCUCAACCGGUCUCUAUCCAAGAGGUGACAGAUGAGGAGAUUCCUGUCACAUCUGUGAUCAGUGAAAAUGCUCGCACAAUUCAUACCCUGUCAUCAUGUACUGGCUUCUGCAAGGAUAUUUCUAGUUCCAGCAUCUGUCUCUAUGACUACCACAGUGGUUGUGUGUGGCGGUUGUCCGUCUCUCUCGACGACUUGUUCCAGUGUUUCCGAACGGCCUACUCAUCGACGCGGCAGGCUCUCUUCCAUUACUUACUGCUGAAAAGCAAGGACCUGUUCACUUUGAAAAAGGUUUUUGCUGACAUAUGUCAGGAUGCGACAAAUCCAGAAAUACCCACAGCAUUAGUCGAGUUUCUCAUUACAACAACCUACAGCAGCAUGAAACGUCAGCUCGGACGAGAAGUUCUUCGUCUGUUACCGUUUACAUCUGUGGAUACUUUUCGUGGACAGUUUGUCAAAGAUUCUGCAGGUGUUUUGUUUGCUCGGUUGUCCUACACAGCUCUUGGUAGUAUUAACUUCAGCACAAAGACAGCUAGGGACAGAAUGUCGAGGAAACACGAAGACAUUUGGGAUAUUCUUCGAAAACACUUGCGUCUCAAACAAAUCGAUGCUCCAAAACGCUUCUUGCAAGACAAGGUCAAAGGAACAUACACACAGCAUAUUAGGAAUGAAAAAAGAAGGUUAUCCUGGGAAUAUGUCAGCAAGGAACAGUCAUUCUUGGGACAUGUGACAGCAGGAUCAUGUAACAGGUCUGUGUUUGGGGAAUCCACAUUGACUGUUGCCGACAGUUUUCCUGGAAGACAGAGUCGUGCUGACACCGUGUUAGGGGCCGUUCCAGGUUUCCUAAAGGGGGGACUUGGAGAAGACAACACAGCAUUUAACAUAUUGCUAUCACUCACAGAGCAGAUGUUGACAGGCCACCUGACUCAUCACCUUAAGAAGGAUUCCAGAGUAAAAGCUCAGAAUGUGGCCAAGGAGUACGUCAGUUGUCAGGUGCAGCAGUCUCGACAGCUGUGUCACAUACUGUGGAGUGUUGCAGGAUUUACACCUGAGGAAUCCAUGCCAGACUUAAGUGAGCCUGGGUCUGAUGAGGAAUAUGAACUGUUUCAGCUCCUUGAGAGAUUCUAUCUUACAGUCACAGAAAAGUCUUUUCCCCUGCCUUCAGGUUUUCGGACAUAUUUUACAGCUCUGGGAUUUCGCUGUAUGCAGCUGAACUUGUUCCUUCAGUACGUUGAUCAUGGAGUUUUGGAGCUAACAGGAGAUUUUAUUUCUCAGCUUCUAACAGAUGUUCCUGAUGAUGGUGAUGAUGGUGAAAAUGUAAAACUCAAGUAUGCAAUCAUCUCUCGUCUACCUAAAACUGCAGCAGAAGAAUGCUUUAAGCUGUGGAAUCACCCUCUGUGUUUGAGAUAUUUCGCACAUCACCAGGUGGCCGAGAUCCUGCUUGAAACUACUUCGACACCAGCAGUAAAGUCCUCUUCUAAGUCAGAUGCUACAUGGACAGUUAAAGACAGAGCAAAUUCAGAAGGUAGAGAUAACGUGAGCACAGCCAGUGAUUCGAGCGUUUGUGCAGGUGUCUUCCAACCACUGGCAUCUCUGAUCGAUUACCUGGAGAAGAAAACAGAAGAUAGCCACAGCAGAAACGUUCGUCCCGGAACCGUACCUUCCAUGACCAGCGUAGACUCAGUUUUACUGGAGCAAGUUGGACUGUACCACACACGACAGACAGAUGAAUAUGAUAUGACAACUGUUAAUUUAUAGAAUAAUGAACAACUUAUUCAGAACAGAAUUGACAUAUAGAUUAUUAAACCUGAUUGACUUAUUCAGAACAGAGUUGCUACUUAAAUUAUUCAAUAUGAUUGACUUAUUCAGAAUGGAAUUGAUACUUAAAUUAUUCAGUAUGACUGACUUAUUCAGAAUGGAAUUGAUACUUAAAUUAUUCAAUAUGACUGACUUAUUCAGAACGGAACUGAUACUUUAAUUAUUCAGUAUGAAUGACAUAUUCAGAACAGAGUUGAAUGACUUAUUUGGAAAUGUUGUGAAAGUUAAAUUAUUUAAACUUGAAUGACUUAUUCAGAACAAAGAUAAUCCUUAUAGUCUGUUUGUGUCAAAAGGGAACUGAUGAACUUGUUUUUAAAUACCUGAAUCAAAAAAGAAGAUUUAACCUGUACAAUGUGUUGGUAAUUUGUAAAGAAACUUUUUUUUUAUUUACACUGAACUUUCUUUUUGAGUGAUAUGGGUUUAAUACAAUGCUUAAUAAAUUUGUAUAUGAAUUUUACUUUAUUCAUUAUAAAGUUACAUAUGUACCAAAAUUUAAUUUGUUUAAUUUUUAAAAUAUUUUAAGAACUAAAUGAUGAAUUUACAUUUCCAUUAAUAGUUUAAUCCAUUUUUGUUUGGGGGUUUUUCACAUGCAGACUGGUAUAAUAAAGGUUGUGGUAUUUGUAUGAAGGAGUUUAUGCUUCAAUAUAAAACCUUUACUGACCUCCCGUAUUUUUUUUUUUUUUUUUUUUUUUUGAGGGGGGGG